AGUGUUUACUGUCGAGAUGAAUUGAAGCGUUUGUGAAGCUCGCUACUUAAUUCAAGAUUAAACAUUCCGCCGUAGAUAACUGCGAAUACAUAUAUAUAUAUAUAUAUAUAUAUUAUAGAACAAUUACAACAACAGUAAAAGUAGUAAUAAUUAUAAUGCGGUGUGUGUGUUUUCUCGUCACGUUUAUCGUACUCGUGACUUACGUGACAGCUUUGGAAGAAAAGUCAUCAAAGCAGGCAACUUUCGUUGAAGCAGACAAUGCCGAGGAUGAGGAUGACGCCUACGAUGAUUACGAUUAUGCGUUAGAGGAUAAGAAAGGACACAAGAUAAAACGCAAACACAAACUCUAUCUCUUUGCCGGGGGCCUGAAGAGCUUAGCAGUAUUCAUCGCGAUCAAAAUAAAAAUCAUUUUGGUCGUCAUCACUGUAAUUGGGAUCAUUGGAUUUGCCCUCAAAGUGUUUGGAGCCCUCAAGUAUGCAGGAUACCUUGCCGGGGGUUGUCCCGUUGUUCACGAGCCAGCUCACGGAUUAGGAUACUCAGUCACACCGCCACCUGAUCACGUGCCGGAAUACGGAGCGUGGGGGAAUUCUAAUGACUGGUCAUCAUCUGGAAGUUGGGCCCGCAGCUUAGUUCAAAACUACAUUGAUACGGAUAUGAUCUCUCAUGCAUUAAAAAAUAUGGAUAUGGCUGAGAUGGUUUUUUCGACCCUGAAAAUGGACGACGAUGGGUGUCGCCGACGUUUUGUCUGCGAAAUUGACGCCAAGAGCCGAGAAUUUCCACUGCUGAGUUACGCGAUGGAUUUCUUUUCGCAUGGAUUUGAUAAGUUUAAAACAACGGAGAAAGUGAAAUUCAGCGAUUGCGCCAAACUUUACUCCAGUUGCAGUGACGACGAAAAAGCCAGGAAAAGAAGAAAGAGAUUUGUGGAUAAAAACGAACACAGAAAUCAAUCAUCCACGUGAAUGACUUCUGGAAGCAGAAAUCUUCAGCGAUCAUAUCGCAGUCGUGCGGAUUUCAUUUUCAGGGAUAACGGAACCAUUGAAAUUGUCAAAGAUCAAAUAAUUCACUAGGUUUAAUAUCAAACACUGUCUGAAGAUUGGAAAAAAGUUUACAAAAAGUGUCCAUCGCCAAUUUAGUUGAAGAUCAAAAACCCAA